UGUAGACAACUUCAUGUAAUGUGUAAUUAGAAUUAGAGAAGAGUGCGCUGCAAGUCAGUCCGGUUUUUGAAGAAAUAUGGCGGAUGUCGAGCUGACUAAAGCCUUAAAAGAUUUACCUAAUCGAAUUCAAACCGCUAGUAAAAAAGAGCGGCGAGAGAUUUUACAAAAUGUCGUCGAUGUGUUGUCAAAUCCUGGCAUUAAUGAUAAAAUUGUUUAUGGAAUUUGCAAAGUUCUCUCCCUUACUUUGCAUCGAUACAAAGAUACAGCUUCCCAAUCUUACGUGAAAAAUGUCAUUACAAAGUUAUUGGCAGAGCAACCAGAAGCCACCGUGAAGCAUAUGACAAGUGUUAUCGCAGAACAAGCUACUUGGCAUAAGAAUGUGGUUUCUACCUUAAAUACUGCUUUAACUGCAUACCUUGCAUUAAAAUGGUCAACGCUUGUAAUACUACAUGGAAUCAAUAAGAAUUUUGAAAAUUGCACUGAAUUAGCAAAACUUAUCGAAGCGCAAGCCAACUUAAGUGCUGCUUCAUUAGCAUCUAUGGAUAAAAAGAUGUCGUAUAAAACAUACGCAUUACUUGCACAUGAAUGGUCAUCUGUUAAAAAUAUCGAAAUUAAAUAUGUAGAAACAUUAGUCAAACUUGAGAUUGGAAAUGGUGUAAUUGUACUUGCAAGCUUGCUCACUAAAUAUUUAGUGAAUACAAAAAAAAGUGAACUUAUAGAACAGUUGAAGAAAAAUGUGAUAGAUACAUUUAUAAAAGUGACUAUCAGUUCAAAGAAAAAACCAGAUCUAUAUGUGGUUGAUACAGCAGUUCCUCUUCUACGUAGAAUGUCACAUGAAGAAUUUAAGGUUCAAUUAUUACCAGCUUUACAAAAAGCUAUGUUAAGAAAUCCUGAAAUAAUAAUUGAAUCAGUUGGACAUAUAUUAAGUGGAUUGAGUCUUGAUCUAAGUCAAUACAGUCAAGAUAUUUGCAAAGGAUUAUUUGCUAAUCUACAUUCUAAAGAAGAUCUUGUUAGAGAAGAAGCAGUAGGAGCAUGCCGUAGACUUGCUCGACAAUGUUCAGAUACAACUGCUUUAGAGAGUUUACUUGCUUCUUUAUUUGCUGUAUUUCAUGGAUCUGAAGGAAAACUAACCGUGGUGACUCAUAAAAUAUCUGUGUUGCAAGGGGCAGGUAAUUUGAGUUACAAUGCAGCUUCAGGAAGUAGUGUUCAACGAUUGGCAGAAACUGCAUGCGAACAUUUCAUUAAAGUUCUUGAAACAGAGGUUCAUGAAAAAACGCUGAUUCAUGCAUUAGAUAUGAUGGCAUUGUGGUCUAACAAAUUUACAAACAGUUUCCCCCAAAGCGUAAUAGAUGCAUUUAAAAAAGGAAUAGCAGCCAAAACUUCUACCGCUGCUGUACGUACUGCUUAUAUAAAACUUUUCUUCUCUACUCCAGUAGACUCUUAUGCAGGAACAAUCGCACCUAUUCUAACUCAAGCUAUAACAAGGGCUAUACAACAAAGUUCACAACCUAUGCCUGUCACUGAAGGAUUAGUGGCAUCAUACUUAUUACUUAAAUUUGUAUUAGCUGAUCUAGUAGAAAAUGAUAAACAAACAAUAUUAUGGAAUGCAAUAGACGAACAAAUAUUCUUUUCAGAAAAAUUUUUAACUACAUGUGGUGAUGAUACUUUAUACCAUCUUAUGCUAUUAUGUGAACGUCUUAUUACUGAAUUUGUUGAUAGGCUCAAUGAAAAAGCCUUAAAUGGAAUUCACAGAGCUAUUGUAGCAUGUUCAACAGCACCAAAGUCUGCUAUCAGAAAACGUUGUUGCCCAUUGAUUAAAAAAGUUUUAACCGGUUUAAGUACAUAUGCACCAGUUGAAGCACUUUUAGUAGAAUUUAAUAAAUAUCUUAAUAACGUCAAGAUCAAAAUUGAAAAUGAUAAAGAUAAUAAAGAAGAUACGUUUGGCGAGAUUACUGGUAGAAGUUUGGCAGAUGGAUUACUUGCUAUAUGUUCUGGAUCAUUUCUAUUUGAAUUACCUGCUAUGCAAUUGACUCGAGAUGCAUUAAUCCCAGCACAUCAUCCAGCGAUAUUAAGAGCAGUUCCAAAUUUAUGGUUGAAAAUAGCUAAAAAUUUUAAUCUAGUACCCAAGGACUUUCUUAGAACUUAUAGUAACGAGAUCAAAAAGUUACUUAUACAAAAUUACAAUCCUGUACCAAGUUAUGAGAAUGCGCUCGCUAAAGUAUUACAACUAUCACCCGAUACUAUUUUACCUACUUUAAUUUUAAAUGUGACAAAUAAAUUAAACGAUCAAGAAAUUUUAAAAGUCACUAAAGAUGAAUAUUUCACUUAUCUUACACCCGAAGGAGAACUUUAUGAUAAAAGUGUAUUGCCAACUAAUGAUGAAAAUGAUAUAUUAAAUGCUAUGAAUAUGAAACGAGAAAGUAAAGUGUAUUCAUUCAAAGAACAACAAGAGGAAUUACAACUUAGACGUGAAUUGUAUGAAAAACACAAGAGAGAAGGAAAGAUAAAGGAACCGAAAUUAACAGCAAAACAGGAAGAAAUUCUAAAAGCACAAAUUGCUAAGGAAAAUAGUAUUAGAAAGAGAUUAACUGAAUUAAAAUCAAAGAUAGAUCAUGCGGUAUCUUUGAUACUUUGUGCUAUACGGGGAAAUGGCCAGGAACUGUCUUUAUAUCUAAAGGAUAUAUUAUCUCCUAUUUUAAAAAAUUUAGGAUCCCCAUUAGCUGCACCUGCUAUAUCCGAGCUUUAUAUUGAGUUACGAGAAAUAGUUCAAAUAGGUACGGAUACGACAUUAGGAAAUUUGAUAGCACAUGUUACAUUACGACAAUUACAACCACAGUGUGAUUUAGAUCCAGCAUGGGAAGAUGAAAAUUUAGACGUAGUUGUCAAAAGAACGUUAAAUUUGAUUCAUACGAUUACAAUUAAGCAAAAACGUUUGUUUACGGCUCCCGCAUUUUGUUAUAUCUUUCCUUUUCUGAAGAAAACUUUAUUGAUGUAUGAAGAUGAUGUUAUGAUAGCACAAGGAUUACAAAUAAUUCAGGAUCAUGCCAAACAAAGAGGGAAUAGUUCAGAUUUGAAAGAUAUGAGACAUCCUAGAUUAUUACCUAGAAAACAAAUAUUUGAUUUACUUAUAGAACUUAUGAGUAGCACUACUGGAAGAGUACAAUCACAUGCGGUAGCAACAUUGCUAGAUGUUGCUCAAUCUGGUAGUGGGCAACCCGGUACAGCUUUGGCAACAAGUGAUGAUAUAGAUUCGUUAAUCGGUGCUCUACAAAAUGCAUUACCAGCAGUAAGAGAUGCGGCUUUAAGAGGUCUAACUGUAAUAAGACAAGCAUUUCCAUCUCAGAAAGAGGAUCCUUUACAACUACUUCGUUUAACAAGAAGAAUAUGGAUCGCGAGAUUCGAUGUUUGUGACGAGAACAAAAUCCUUGCUAACGAAUUGUGGAGUGCUGCUAAUUUACUAGCUCAUGCUGAUAUUCUUUGCGAUAAUUUGAUUGAAGACAUCGCACAUCCGGUGGAACCAGUACAGCAAGCCGCAGCAUGUGCUUUGGCUCAAAGUUUGACCAAUGUACCAUAUUUGACUCCAUCGAUAUUGGACAGAUUAUUAGAACUGUAUCAAGAAAAAUUAGCUAUGAUUCCACCUAAACUUAACGAUUUUGGUCGUGUUGUGGAACAACCGAUUGAUACUUGGGCACCACGUCGCGGUGUAGCACUUGCUCUAACUCAAUUAGCACCACUUUUAACGUCAGAAACUAUUCAACGUCUUGUACAGUUCUUUGUUUCAACAGGCUUAGGAGAUAGAAACCCAUCUGUUCGCACAGAAAUGUUGAAUGCUGCUGUAGCAGCUGUUGAUCUCCAUGGAAAGAAAAAUAUAACUUCUCUUCUACCUGUCUUUGAAGAUUUUAUGGACAAAGCACCUAAAAUUGGAAGUUUCGAUUCAAUAAAACAAUCUGUAGUCAUUCUGAUGGGUUCAUUAGCAAGACAUUUGGAUAAAGACGAUCCACGUAUCAAACCAAUCGUGAUGCGUCUUAUUGCAGCUCUUUCAACACCAGCUCAACAAGUACAGGAAGCAGUUGGUAAUUGUUUACCACAUCUUGUACCUUCCAUCAAAGAAGAUGCUCCUAAGAUUGUUGAUAAUCUUAUGGAUCAGUUAUUGAAAUCAGACAAAUACGGAGAACGUAAAGGUGCUGCUUAUGGAUUGGCUGGUAUCAUCAAGGGUAUGGGAAUCCUGGCAUUGAAACAAUUAGAUAUUAUGACUACACUGACCAACGCUAUUCAAGAUAAAAAGAACUAUAGGCACAGAGAAGGAGCACUAUUUGCUUUUGAAAUGUUAUGUACAAUGUUGGGUAGAUUAUUUGAACCUUAUAUCGUUCACGUGUUACCACAUUUAUUAUUAUGUUUUGGAGACUCCAGUCAAUACGUAAGAACAGCUACAGAUGAUACAGCUAGAGUAGUUAUGAGCAAACUCUCUGCUCACGGUGUUAAAUUAGUAUUACCCAGCUUAUUAGCAGCAUUGGAAGAAGAUUCUUGGAGAACAAAAACUGGGUCUGUCGAGUUACUGGGUGCAAUGGCAUACUGUGCACCAAAACAAUUAAGUAGCUGUUUACCGAGUAUUGUACCUAAGCUCAUAGAAGUACUCAGCGACUCCCAUACAAAAGUUCAAGAAGCUGGUGCAGAAGCACUCAAAGUCAUUGGCAGUGUGAUUCGUAAUCCCGAAAUUCAAGCUAUCGUGCCAGUUUUAUUGAAGGCUUUACAAGAUCCAUCUCAUAAAACAGCAACUUGCUUACAAACACUUUUAGACACACAAUUCGUUCAUUUCAUCGAUGCUCCGUCUCUAGCUUUGAUUAUGCCUGUCGUACAACGUGCUUUUCUAGAUCGUUCAACAGAAACUAGAAAAAUGGCUGCUCAGAUCAUUGGCAAUAUGUAUUCACUAACUGAUCAAAAAGAUUUGACUCCUUACUUGCCAACUAUCAUUCCUGGUCUAAAAACGAGCUUAUUGGAUCCCGUACCUGAAGUACGCAGUGUAUCAGCUCGAGCUUUGGGUGCAAUGGUUCGUGGAAUGGGAGAAUCUAGCUUCGAAGAUUUAUUACCAUGGUUGAUGCAAACGUUAACAUCAGAAACAAGUAGCGUGGAUAGAUCUGGAGCUGCUCAAGGACUUUCCGAAGUAGUCCGUGGUUUGGGUGUAGAAAAAUUACACAAACUCAUGCCUGAAAUUAUUUCAACUGCUGAAAGAACGGACAUAGCACCGCACGUUAAGGAUGGUUACAUAAUGAUGUUUAUUUACAUGCCCAGUGCAUUUACUACCGAAUUCACACCUUACAUUGGGCAAAUAAUAAAUCCAAUAUUGAAAGCACUUGCCGACGAAAACGAAUACGUGAGAGAAACCGCACUUAGAGCUGGUCAACGAAUCGUUACUUUAUAUGCGGACUCAGCAAUAAUGUUGCUUUUACCAGAAUUAGAAAAAGGUCUUUUUGAUGAUAAUUGGCGUAUCAGAUAUUCGUCCGUUCAGUUGCUCGGCGAUCUUUUGUAUAGAAUUUCGGGUGUAUCUGGAAAAAUGUCGACUGAAACAGCAAGCGAAGAUGAUAACUUUGGAACAGAACAGUCACACUUUGCAAUAAUCAAUGCUUUAGGUGCGGAAAGACGUAAUCGUGUGUUGGCUGGUCUUUACAUGGGUAGAUCGGAUGUAGCUUUGAUGGUACGCCAAGCUGCUCUUCACGUUUGGAAGGUAGUUGUUACGAAUACACCUAGGACAUUGAGAGAAAUCCUACCAACUUUGUUCACCCUUUUACUGGGAUGUUUGGCAAGUACGAGUUACGAUAAGAGACAAGUGGCUGCUAGAACGUUGGGCGAUCUUGUAAGAAAAUUGGGAGAAAGAGUACUUCCCGAAAUUAUACCGAUUUUGGAGAAAGGUCUUCUGAGUGAACAGGCUGAUCAACGACAAGGUGUUUGUAUCGGUCUUUCUGAGAUUAUGGCAAGUACAAACAAAGAUAUGGUACUGACAUUUGUUAUCAGUCUAGUACCUACUGUUAGAAAAGCAUUAUGCGAUCCAUUGCCCGAAGUUCGUCAAGCCGCAGCUAAGACGUUCGAUGGAUUACAUUCGACAGUUGGUGUUCGAGCUUUAGACGAUAUACUUCCUGCUAUGUUAACCCAAUUAAAUUCACCGGAUCAAGCCGAGGCCGAGAACACUUUGGAUGGUUUGCGCCAAGUAAUGGCGAUUAAAUCACGCGUCGUAUUACCUUAUUUAGUACCUCAGCUAACAACUCCGCCAGUUAAUACGAAAGCUCUCUCGAUCUUAGCGAGUGUCGCUGGAGAAGCAUUAACGAGAUUUUUACAUAAAAUUUUACCAGCUCUACUGACCGCACUUUCCAGUGCACAAGGAACUCCAAACGAAGUUCAGGAAUUAGAGUACUGUCAAGCAGUUAUUCUUUCUGUUACGGAUGAAGUUGGUGUUAGAACAGUCAUGGAUCAAUUAAUGGAGGCUACCAGAUCAAGUGAUGCAUCAAGACGACGAAGUGCAGCAACAUUAUUGUGUGCAUUUUGUCGCGACACCAGAGCAGAUUACAGUCAAUAUGUACCUCAACUUUUGCGUGGACUUAUACAUCUCUUUACCGAUGAGGAUAAAGAUGUAUUACAAAUGAGUUGGGAAGCCCUAACUGCAGUCACCAAGACAUUAGCAUCGGAUCAGCAAAUUGCUCACGUACAAGACAUUAGACAAGCUGUUCGUUUUGCAGUAUCCGAUUUAAAAGGACAAGAAUUAUUACCUGGAUUUUGUUUACCUAAAGGUAUCACGCCGAUUCUUCCUAUAUUUAGAGAAGCAAUUCUGAAUGGUUUACCAGAAGCAAAAGAACAAGCUGCUCAAGGAUUAGGAGAAGUCAUUAAACUGACCAGCGCAUCCGCACUUCAACCAAGUGUUGUACAUAUCACUGGUCCAUUGAUUAGAAUUCUUGGUGAUCGUUUUAAUUGGAGCGUCAAAGCUGCAGUACUAGAAACACUUGCUAUUUUACUUGGCAAGGUUGGCGUCAUGUUGAAACAAUUUUUACCUCAACUACAAACAACAUUUUUGAGAGCAUUGAAUGAUAGCAAUCGUCAAGUGAGAUUAAAAGCAGCAUAUGCUUUGAGUAAUUUGAUCGUUAUACAUACUAGAGUGGAUCCUUUGUUCACUGAACUUCAUACUGGUAUUAAAACUGGCGAUGAUCCAGCUAUAAGAGAAACGAUGUUACAAGCUUUACGUGGCGUGCUUACACCUGCCGGUGAUAAAAUGACUGAACCUAUGAAGAAACAAGUAUUCGUUACAUUAAACAGCAUGCUUGGUCAUCCAGAAGAUAUUACAAGAAACGCAGUAGCCGGUUGUUUUGGUGCUCUUUUACGAUGGUUGAGUCCUGAACAACUUGCUAUCGCAUUUAAUGAUAAUCUUUUGUGUAACGACGUCAAUGCUGAUUGGACGCUGAGACACGGACGUUCAGCUGCACUUUUUGUUGCGUUGAAAGAAUCACCAGCCACCGUGUUCAAUGCUAAAGAAAAGGAUCGCGUUUGUACAGUAAUUUUAUCGUAUUUAGCUGCGGAUCGAGUGCAAAUAGUCAUGAACGGUGUCAGAGCUUGCGGUUAUUUAUUCCAAUAUCUAAUGCACGAAAAUAUGUCGGUGCCUCAACAAGUUCUUUCACCAUUCGUGAGGUCAAUGAACAACAACAGUAACGACGUAAAACAAUUACUCGCUAGAGUUUGCAUUCAUUUAGCACGAAAUAUACCACCUGCAAAAAUGUCACCGGAAUUAUUGAAAGCUUUAUUACCGAUGUUGGUAAAUGGAACUAAAGAAAAGAAUGGUUACGUAAAAGCUAACAGCGAACUUGCUCUAAUUGCUGUACUUCGAUUGAGACAAGGAGAAGAAGAACACCAGAGAUGCAUGGCUUUCUUGGACGCUGGUGCAAGAGAAUCAUUGUCGGACGUCGUCAGCAAGGUGCUUCGUAAGGUUUUAUCUCAGCCAGAAGGCAAGAUAGAAGAAUUAGAUGAUACGUUACUCACGUGAGAGACAUUUUACUUCCCGGGGCUUAAUACUUGUUACGUACGUUCCAAUAACCGUACUAUCGAGCAUCAACGUCAACAACAACAAUACCACCAACAACAGCAGCAGCACAAUUAUUGCUCGUCGUAUGUUAGUAACAUUAUAAAAAAUAUAGUUCGUUUAAUAUCAUUUAUCGGUAAACGAUUAAAUAAUACCCUGUAUACCGAUCGUUCGAUGAUGAUGAUGAUGAUGAUGAUGAUAAUGAUGAUGACAAUGACAAUGACUAUGAUAAUGUUGAUGGCAUUAAAGUUACUUAAGUUAAAAUCUCUCGAGUCUAAAGAGAUCUUUCAAGAUCAUUCGAAAUGGACCGAACGAAAAGAAACUGUAUUAAGGAAGCAAGCUGGUCAUAUUCUCUUUUAUUGUAAAAGGAACUUCAUGAGAAUUUGGUUAUGUUGUAAAGAUUUAUCGGAACACAAUAAAAGUAUGUAUGCGA